AUGGCUGCUGUAACAAAUAACACACCAAUAUCGAAUUCGAUUGUGACAUCCACUCGUUUCACUGAUGAAUAUGAUCUUAAAGAAGAACUUGGCAAAGGCGCAUUUUCAAUUGUCAGACGAUGUAUACAGAAAAGCUCCGCACAAGAAUUUGCUGCUAAAAUCAUUAAUACCAAAAAAUUAUCCACCCGAGAUCAUCAAAAACUCGAAAGAGAAGCACGUAUUUGUCGACAAUUAAAACAUCCCAAUAUUGUUCGUCUGCAUGAUAGCAUCUCCGAAGAAGGUUUUCAUUAUUUAGUAUUUGACUUAGUCACCGGUGGUGAAUUAUUCGAAGACAUUGUCGCCCGAGAAUUCUACAGUGAAGCAGAUGCUAGUCAUUGUAUACAGCAAAUACUUGAAGCUGUUCGUCAUUGCCAUGAGAGUAACAUUGUACAUAGAGAUUUAAAACCUGAAAAUCUUUUGCUCGCCAGUAAAACAAAAGGAGCAGCUGUCAAACUUGCUGACUUUGGUCUAGCAAUUGAAGUUAAUGGAGAUCAAACACAGUGGUACGGUUUUGCUGGCACUCCUGGUUACCUCAGUCCUGAAGUCCUCAAAAAAGAACCAUAUGGCAAACCCGUCGAUAUCUGGGCGUGUGGUGUUAUCCUAUACAUUCUUCUCGUGGGUUAUCCACCCUUUUGGGACGAAGAUCAACAUCGUCUAUACAAUCAAAUCAAAGCCGGCGCCUAUGAUUAUCCGUCGCCUGAAUGGGAUACGGUGACAACUGAAGCAAAACGUUUGAUCGAUUCGAUGUUGAAUAUCAACCCGAGCCGUCGAAUAAGUGCGACAGAUGCGUUGAAACACCCGUGGAUUUGUCAACGGGAACGUGUUGCUGGUACAAUCCAUCGACAAGAGACUGUCGAUUGUUUACGUAAAUUCAAUGCACGACGAAAAUUAAAGGGAGCAAUUCUAUCGACAAUGUUUGUUAAUCGUACAUUGAUUCCAAAUGCCGGAGUGUUUUCAACCGGAAAUAGCGGAACACAAUCCCCUACUAAUGGGAAAAAGCCACUACCUUCAACUGGUGUCAUAUCACCACUCUCAAGUCCGAUUAUCUCAGCUUCUAUUAGUGGAGGUACUCGGUCACGUCCAACAACACAGAGUGGUAAUAGUGGAAUCAAAGAAUCGGGAGAUAGUAACAGCGUCACGAUUGACGAUGCCAACGAUAUUGAACGAACUGAACGAUUAAUUGCUAAAAAGACAACAUCACCUGUAACUAAAGUAGGAAAUCUAACCUUGGAAAUCACGAAAGUAACCGAACAAUUAUUACAAGCUAUUGCUAACAGUGAUUUCGAUAUGUAUAAAUCACUAUGCGAUCCGAAGAUUACUUGUUUUGAACCUGAAACGAUAGGAAAUUUGGUUGAAGGUCUUGACUUUCAUAAAUUUUACUUUGACACAGUCUUAUCUGCAAAAGCAAGUAAACCCACAAUCAAUUGUACCAUGCUAACACCAGUUGUGCACACAUUGGGAGAUGAAGCAGCUUGUAUAGCUUAUAUUUUACUUCUUCAAUAUAUGGAUCGAAAUGGUCAACCACAAAGUGUUCGCACAGAGGAAACUCGUGUAUGGCACAAAAAGGAUGCACGUUGGCAAUGCGUUCAUUUUCAUCGCUCUGGUAUGCCAGUAGCAUCAGCAAUAAAAUCUUCUUUUGCGACUUCUUUAUUAUGA